AUGCCUGCUCGCUCCUACACGGCGCUCAAGCGGGCGGGGCGCCUCCAAGCCUUGCAUGAUACUCCUCUAUCUCCCGACGUCGCCUCCGACGUGAAUGCAGCAGACACACUAACUCAGGAGGUCUUCGGCCUCACAGUUGCGGACGACGGCAUCAUUUCUGAUUCACGUCCCGGGCCCUUAUGGGCGUCACGACAGGCAAAGCUUCCUGAUGCAGCGAUCUCUUCCACCGCCCAUAUUGUGGACUCACUGAACGAUGUCAUUCGGGUGUCAAUUCCAGCAUCCGAUCCUAGUCCCCCCGCAUCGGCGGGAGCUGCGAUGGCUGAGUCCGGGUCAACCAUUUCCCCUGCUGUCCCCACACCGACCGGAACCGUCGCCGACGCAUCGUCCACGUUCACCGGGCAUUCGACACGCUUUGAGCGGAGAAGUGACAACCUAACGCGCCGUGCAAUUGUUUGUUUGAACCACAUCGAGAUGGACAUUUCAUUGUACAUGGAGCGCAAACGGGUCUUAGAUGUCGACAGAUCACUCAACUCUUUUCUCGAGUUGAGAGACCGUCUAGAUCGCAUCAAGGAGAACGUUGCUGGCAUCACCCGGAGGAUUGACGCUGUUAUCGAUGGGAAACGGCGAGUUGAGGGUCAGCUUGCCGUCCUUUACAGCGAACUUGAAAGAUGGAAGGACCAGAUUAAGCUGGGACCUGCGUCUUGCGUGUAUGACUCUGGUGUGUUCUGA